AUGGCUCGCCACCAUCUGCCCCUCCUCCUCGUGCUCAUCCCCAUCCUCCUCUCCGCCGCCUCCGCCGCCACCCACUCGCCGGAGACCGAGAGCACCGCCGCGUCCCGCACCCACCACCACCACCACGGCACGGCCACCGCCCACUUCCACCCCGUCCCUAGCGCCACCCCCUCCAUGCACCAGAACCACCUCGACAGCCAGAGCCAGUCCCUGCUGCUCGACCCCUUCGUCGCCGACGCGCAGGCCGCCGAGGCGGAGCUGGGUGCCGAGACCAGUCCCGCCCCGCUCCUGCCACCCCCGCCUCCCACGGUGCAGCCGGAUCUCGCCUCCCAGCCGCAGGAGGGGUCCGACUCCGAGGCGUCACCCGCCGCUGCAACGACGACGACGCUUCUCCCGCUCCCUACCACAGCGAGCCCUCCCCCCGUGCAAGCCGGCGUCGACGCGGGGCCCUCGGACGCGGAGCAGGGCCUGCAGCAGCUCUCCAGGGUCCUCACCUCGCUCGGCUACAACGAGAUGGCGUCGGCCGCGCCGCUGCUCGUCGACGAGCCGCCGCUCGCGAGGUGGCCCGGCGCGAUCACCGUCUUCGCGGCGCCCGACGCCUUCCUCCAGGCCUCCUGCCCCAUGUGCUCGCGCCACCACCUCCUCCUGCAGCACAUCGCCAUGGGCUACUACCCCUACGCCGAGCUCGCCUCCGCCGCCACCAUGAAGAUCCCCUCCGCCGCCGUCGGCCUCUGCCUCAAGAUCGCCUCCCAGCGGGGCCCCUUCGGCGUCCACUACGCCAGGAUCUUCGCCGACGGCGUCGAGGUCUCCCACCCGGAGCUCUACAACGACGGCCGCUACGUCGUGCACGGCCUCCACGGCUUCCUGCGCCCGCUCACCCACUCCUGCUUCGACGACAUCCCGCCGCGCCACGGCGCCCGCUCCUCCUCCAAGGCCACCGCGGCCUCCGUCGUGCGCAUCAUGCUCCGCGACGCCAUCGCGCGCCUCCGCGACGGCGGCUACGGCUUCGUCGCCCUCGCCAUGCGCGUCAAGUUCGCCGAGCUCGAGAGGUUCGCCAACGUCACGCUCUUCGCGCUCGACGACCAGGCCAUCUUCGUCGGCGGGGGGCACGACUACGUCUCCGCGGUGCGCUUCCACGUCGUCCCCGACCACCGCCUCACCCGCGCCGACCUCCGACGCCUCCGCCCCGGCACCAUCCUCCCCACCAUGGCCGGCGACGGGCAGAGCCUCGUCGUCACCCACGCAUCCAACCACGACGUCCGCAUCAACUACAUACCCAUCAAGGACCCCGACGUCGUCGUCAACUCGCGCGUCGCCGUACACGGCGUCUACGUGCCGUUCCCGCGCAUCCACCUCGCCAACCUCGCCGCCUCCAUCGCCGUCGCCUCCGCCGCCGACGUGAACGCCACAUGCGGCUUCGGGGGACCCUUCGGCGUCGACUGCACCUCCCCCAAGAUGCCCGCGUGACGUAUGUGAGUCGUCUCGCUCGUUUAGUCGUUCCUCUUU